UAGAGGGAAGGGGGAAUGGGGAAUUGGGGAAAGGACGGAUACAUCAGCUAGACACUGCUAGAACUGCAGUAGAUAUCAUUCUGCUAAGAGUGCUAAUAUAGUAAUUAGGGGAAACUACUUCUGGGGAAGCUAUCUCCUUCUCCUCUUUCUUCCUCUCUCCUUUGGAUGGACACAUACACACAAAUUCAUACGCUUAGACAUACAUUACUCCCACCUCCCCUCUUUGAUAUACCUCAUCAGACUCGCCCUCUUCACUCUUCUCUAUCUAAUUCUCCCUCUCCUCAACAAGUAUAAACACACUCAUCCGUUCAUCCUCUCAUCCUCUCACCCGCUCACCCGCUCAUACCUUCACCCUCUUUACACUCUCUUUACCACUCUACGCGCGCUCAGUCUGGCUAUACCGCAUUCCUGUCCCCCACUCUCUCCACCGAUCGACACGCGAUAACUCGGGCUUCUGUCCCUAUGAAAAUCGCUGAAACACGAAUUCUACAUCCCUAAACCCACUGGCGACUGCGAACUCCUGCGAAUUGUGGCGACUGCGACAUUGUUCAGCGUUCAUCCUUCAUGCAAAGAGCCAACGAUCUGACCAAUUCAGCCUAUCGCAUUCGCAUUUCCGCCCUCCCCCUCUCUCUACUCGUACUUUCUUCUGGGUCGGUCCCGCCUGCUCCAUUCUAACCUUUAACCCCUCGCUAGCGUCUGGCUCUCCGGUCGGCUAAGGGGGUCCCCUUUCAAACUUGUGCAAGGGCCUCCCGAAACAAACAUACAUCCACUCUACCUCACAAACACAAAACCACCACCACCAACUACACAACUCUCCAUACUCUACUUCCAACAACCCUUCCCCGCUACGUCUAGGAAUACUCUUCUUGACGCCGCAUACAUCAUCGAUACCUAUCACCCCUAUCUCCCAUCCAACGAAUAGAGACUUGGCUUGCGGGUCAAACCGACUCCCGUCUACUCUCGCGCCUUGCGAUUCCAGCUCUAUACGAUACGAGGACCAACCUGCGUUGCAUGCCAAGUCUCCAUACAGACUCCAACAUGGCUUUCGCGCAACCCGGUGGCGAAGAGUCGAAGGCGGCAGGCCUCUCCCUCAACCUUCCCUCCAACAACCCGUUUCGCAACCGCACAACUUCACCAGUCGCAUCUGGCCAGCUCUCCCCAAUGGAGCCCCCACCAAGACCGCUAUCACGGAACCCUUUCCUCGACGAUGCAGGAACCGUUAAGGAAAGCCUGCAAAGGCUCCCAUCUCCUGGAGUAAAGCCGGCACCUUUGACAGGAAGUGCCGCUGAAUUAUUCGACGAGUUGACGCUUGAUGACAAACCAAGAACCUCGCGCCCUCAACAACCCACCAGAACGUUGACCGAUAAUUCACGCGCCGAAAACAUCCCUCCAAAUGGCUCGGUGUCUCACCACCGUCCGACGCGAUCCCAGGACAGGCGUCCUCCAGGCCCUCCAAGGACCGAUAAACCACAACCACGCCGACCAACAAACGAGCUGGAUAUCUUUGCCGACCCGACCGAUACGAAGCCUAAUGAGCGUCGUCCGAGGCGCAAUUCGGACUCUUCUUUGAUGGGCGGCCCCAGUGGCAGUGGGAAGGCACUUGACCCAGUGGAGGAGAAGAAACGCCAAGAUCGCCGUAGGCGAGAGCGUAGGCACCGCGAGCGCGAAGCGUUGAAGGACCCAAAGAAACCCAGCCGCAAACUUGAUAUCAUUGAUCAGUUGGAUGCAACCAGCAUUUAUGGGAUGGGAGUGUUCCAUCACGAUGGCCCAUUUGACGCCUGUAACCCCCACCGCAACAGGCAAGGUAGCAGACGCGCACCAAUGCAGGCUUUCCCCAAGGACUCCUUGAACAAUGCCCUUGUUGGAGGACCACCGAUGAAUAGGCGGCCAAACCACGCAGCUUUCCUUGGCAAUAAUGAUGAGGAGGCAUUCAAGGACUUCUCUACCGGUGGCGCAGCAGGUACCAGUUACGAGUCAUACGGGGGCCGUGCCAAUGGAGCUGGAGCACAGCCUAGCUUUCAAAGCUCAACCAUGAAGGUUGAACCCGUACACGGCGACGAAUCCCUCGGCCUAGGCACAUCGACAUUCUUAGAAGGCGCACCAGCUUCCAAGGCCGCUAUUCAGAGGACGGCUGCCGAAACCGCUGCUGCCGAAUCUGCAGCUGCAAAGGCAGGAGGUGGUCUUGCUAGGAAGAAGUCACUAGCACAAAAGAUCCGCGGCAUCAACAACCCGAGGCGAGAGUUCGCACCUGGACCCCCCAGACGCGGCUCUAGCAACGACUCCCGCCCUAGCCCAUCCUCGCCUGGUCAAGAUGGCAACGGCCCCCGCCCGAAGACAAACGAGAAUAACCCCUUCCAGUUUGAAUUUGAAGCCGCGAGGGCUGGUACUGCUGGCAGGAAGGAAAGCAUCACCUUCAGAGAGCCGGAGAACAAGCCGACGAGAUCGCCUCCAGGCGGUAGCCCAGCGAGGGAAGCACCUGGUGCGCGUCUGGAGAGGAGGAUUACUACUGAUAGUACCGGGGGCGAGGAGGCUGCGAAGCCGGGGGGUUUCUUGUCGAGGGUUAAGAGUCUGAAGGGGGGACCGAGGAGGCCGAAGGCUGAGAAGCCUGUCUUUGACUAGAUGCGCGUCUGCUUCUUGCUGCGAAGUUGGGGUCCUGAAGGGACUCAUUUGCGGCUCAUAUCGAGGAUGUCAAGGAAUAGCACGCUUCCUAUCCAAGUUCGUGGAUUGGCUCAUACCCCGCUUCAAAUUACAGCAGUACUCACCCCAGUGCUUGAGCAAUUCUUAUCUGGAAGCGACAGUUUUCACCUCGUUUUUUAACUUGGUUUUUUUUGUUUUCAUUUUUCAAUUUUCAGAUGUGUCAGAAAGAUCCGAAACUUCUCGAAUAUGAUGAUAGCAACUUCGCGGUUGCAUGCGAGAAUACCUGGUGGCGCCGUUUUAUGUAUCUCAAGGAUCCAUCCACGCUCCUGGCUUGCAUGGGAAUAACGAACAAUCGUGCUAGAGACGACGCCAAGAUCGUGCAUGAGCGGAUGAGGAGGAUGGAUGGAUGGAUGGAUGGUGUGUGUGUGUACAUAGCGUGGUGAUGUAUGUCGAGGCGUAAGCGGCAUUUUGAGAGUUUAUGAAGGGAAGUUUUUAUCAUGGAAUGGAAAGGGAAGGGAAGGAUGGCUCAGGUUUAUUAUGGUAGUGGAGGAGGGAGGAGAAUGGAGUAAAUGGGAGCAGUACUGUUGUUAAAACCCCAUGGUUAGUUGGGUCGAUAGGGAGAGACGGCUAGAUCAAGAUCAACGAGAGGGUCGCCUUUUUAACUAUAGACGGACGUAGUUAGGUUAGCUUGUGUCUAUUCUUUUUAAAUUGAUGGGCUUUUAUGG